AUGUUAAAUACAGUUGGUGAUUAUCCUUCCGUUCCACUUGUUCAAGAUUUUUCUACAAAUCUUGAGCAAGAAAUCGAAGUCGCUCGUCAAGUUAAGCCUCCAUUUCCACCCCAAAUUACUCCGAAAGAAUUAAUCGUUCAAAAAAAAAAUGGGGACAUGCCGUCUAGAUCGCCAAAUGCGUUUAUGAUUUAUCGAAAACUCUUCGUCGAUGAGUUACAUAAUAAAGGACUUUAUUUACCGAUGACAACAGCAUCUUCUAUGGCAUCUACGUCGUGGAAAAAUGAACCGGAAUUCAUUAAGCAAGAAUAUAGACGUAUUGCUUCUGAGGCUAAAAGUCGACAUCUGAAACUAUAUAAUCAAAUUCCACGUCGAAAGAAGAAUCAACGAAAAAUUCGGAACGUACAAUCGACAAGCUGGUUACAGAUCAUACCGCAAUAUGAUCAAUCAAGAUCGGAGAAUUCAACAGCCGUUUCGUCUCCGAUUGCACCUUCUCCCAUAUCUGAACCAACUUCAAUCUUAACGGAAGGAAUUUCACGCUUAUCAUCUCAUAUACCUAUACCUUACGGACUUUCUUCGAUCCAUAUUAAUGACAAUGAACCUACAGGAUUUUAUUUACCACAAAUUCACCAAUUUCCCGUUGAAAUCGAAAGAAAUAAUAGCAUUUCCGCAGGAAUCCCAUCGAUGGAAUUGGCAAGUAAUAAUAACCCUGGAUUUGGAGAUCAUGCUAACAUGGUUUUCUACGAUAAUUUCGUGACGAAUUAUCAUUCUCCAUAUUCUCCAUAUCAACAACCUUACGAACUUCAAAACCCCGUCCCUCAAAACUUUCUACAUAUGUCGUCGUCUUAUCCUUAUUAUUAUUGA